AACUCUCUUGCAAAUUUUUAAGGCUCAGGUUUCUCUCUCUCCUCGCACAAACAAGUCAGAUCUGUUUCAUUUUCUCCCCAAACCCGCGACCUUUCCUCUCCCAAAUCUCGCCAUUCACUCUCCCAAACACCCAAAUCCCUCCAAAUCUCCAAAACCCAUCCCUUAAACACUCAAAAACCAUCAAAUCCUUGCCUACCCAACACAAAUCCACAAGCUUUUUGCUCCAAUUUUCAUUGGGUUUUGUUGAGUUUUCUCUCUCAUGGCUUCAAGAAGGGCUGGAAGUAAAAUGAGACAAGUGGGUAGUUCUAGUGCCAGUGGUCAAGCACAAGAGGAAGGUAACAUCCCACAAUCAAAUCUCUUUUUGGAUACCCAAGCCUCUGCACAGUAUGAUAUUAUCAAGAAUAUGGCUGUUUUAUCUUGCAAUUGUGUGAAAUUUAGUCAAUUUCCUCAAGGAGAUAUGCGUGUUGAGCAAAUCUUUAGGGAACUUGGAUGGAAGAAUUAUAUAGAAAUUAAAGAGCCUGUUGAUCUUCCCUGGUUCGAUUAUCUUCUUAACGGAAAAAGGGUGAAUCUAGGAAGAUACAUUUUCCGGAGCAUAAUCAAGUCUUACUCACCUACUACGGGACUUCCUCAUGGUGCUAUAAUUACCAGAUUGGCGAAGAGGAACAAUAUUGAUCUUACAUCCUUUAGGUUCGGAACGGUUCCCGAUGGGACUACACUUACCAAAGCCUCUUUUGAGAAAAUGGACUGUUUAUUUAGAAAUGGCAUGUGGAUAAAGAAAGGGGACCAAGAAGAGGAUGAAGAAGAAGUUGAUACAGAUCAAGAGAUGGCAGAACAAGGGGCAGAAGAACAUGACGAUGACAGCCCAAGACCAUUUCGAGUUUCCAUGCAAAAAACUAACCGUGAAACCAUGGAGUCAAUGAUAUCUGAGAUGCAGCAGCUACACACCGACUUUUAUGGUUUCCGGACAAAAAUGAGAGAGAGAAUGACCAACGUAGAAGGACAUCUUGGUCAGCUUGUUAACCAUUUUUUUCCUCCACCCCCACCUGAUGCCAACUGACUUGAUAUUUCUUUAGUUUGGCUAAUCUUUAGGAUGGACAUAUUAGGGUUAUGCAUUUUAUGUUUUUAGGCUUGUGAUUAUGUUUUUCUUUGACUAUGGAUAUGUCUUGAACCGUUUUAUGCAUUUUAUGUUUUAUGAAUGGAAAUGGCAUUACUUGUGUUAUCAUGCUUUGUGAAUGGUUGUUUAUGAUUUUGAUGAUCCUAUGCUUUUAUUGAGGGGGAGUAUUUUGUGCUUAAAUUGCUCUUCUUAAUGGUUAUCAUUGAUGUGAAUGAAUUAAGGGGGAGUUU